AGCAUAGCUACAAGGAUGCGGAUGGAAGACAAAGAUGGUGGGGAUUUUGGAGGUCCCCAUUGUCGGCGGGUGGUCGGAGGCAACCUCCACAUGCAAUAGCUAGCUCCUUCUCUUGAUAUUAUUUGAAUGUUAAAGAUUCAAGAUAACGACAUCUGUUUGGCACAUCUCCAUCAGGAAUCGAAGAUAGUUCUUGCCUUCUUGGAAGAAUGCCACUUGCAGAGUCCCUGUACUUUUGCCCUUCUUACUCGCUCAAAAGUGGAUCGACCUGAAACAAACCAUUCAGUUUAGAGUACUACGAUGAUGAUGAUGAUGAUCAUCAUCAUCAUGCUCCAAAAGUAUGUGAACUUAAUAUGGUCUCCUUAUGUCUUGUCUUGCAUCAGUCUUGAUAAGGUAUUAAGGUGUGGUCUCCUCUCCUCUUAGUGUUAGGUUUAUGGACCAGCCAUUUUUUGGACUUAUUUAGCAGCUUACUUUUCUUGUUAUGCUUUGAGAUCUUUAUUAUAAGAACAUGAAUCUGUCAAAAUCAUUGUAGGAAGUUGCAACUCGCCAGGUUGGAAAAAGUCAUCAAGAAACUAUUGUAAGGUUCUCUUGAAAGCACACACUAUAAAUAAAUAGAACUUUUUUUCUACAAUUCAUUUAAGAAUUUUAAGUUGAAUUUUUUAAACUGUUUUCUAUGCUUAUAUAACCGUUUGGGUGCUUGUUCUUGCAGCUUGUAUUGGAUUGAUAAAAGAAUUACUGGCAGCAUUGCUUUUAAAACCUGAUGCAUUCCCCUUAUAGAACUGGAUUAGUUUGACCUUCAAAUUCUGGUUUAACCAGCCAAUCCAGUGUUACAAGCACUGAGUAGUAGAUCAUCAAAACUGGCAUGGGUUAGUUCAGGUAGAAUUAUUGAACAACCUGUUCGAUUAUAAACCUAAGUGUGGAAUAGUAUUGUUCAAGCAUGGUGUAUAUCCUGAGGGAUCAGUUACUUGGACAAAACUCCUCUUCAAUACAGUGAACCUGACAUGGAGGAUAAGUAUACCACCUAAACCAUCUUUGAAUUUGACACUGCAAUUCAAAUUUUUAAAGAUAAAGAUGGAAAUUGGAUGAAUACAUUUCCACACUUCUAGAAAUGCAUUCAGAAUAUUAAUUAUCUCUUUGUUCAACUCAUCCAGUUGAGUAUUCUUUGUCUAUGUUGGAGUAUUUUUGUUGCUAUAUAACUACAUUGGUAUUUUAGCUUCACCAUUAGGCUGGAACAAUCUUGUAGUUUGCCCAUUUUCCCUUUAUUUUCCUCCAUGUAUUUCAUAGAUUAUAAUAUGCAUUCUGGAUAGCAUUCUCUUUCAAAAAGAAGAAACCAAGUAGUAAUAAUUGAAGAACAUUUCGAUCAAUCAUAUAUACUGUUGUUCACGUUUCCUUGGGAUCAUGAACAAUUAACUGAGAGAAAUCAAUGCCCACAUUACUCCAGUCUGUUACUUAUAACCUAUUCUCUUGGAUCUGAUCUGUGGUUCUAUAUAAAUAGUUGAAAUUUUGCUACCAUCCAGGAUCAUGAACUGACCUUAGAUUUAGAUGCGUUUUGGUUAUAAGCUAAUUCUUGGGAAAAAUGUCACUCAAGAUGCACUUUACUUUUUACUUUAAAAAAAAUGGGUGUUCCCAUCACCUCUGAUAUUCCCAUCACAGCUUCUCUUUGUUUGAAUUAUUGAAAAGUGGACAAUUUCAGUGAAACUGUAAUUGUAAUUUUUCAUUUGAAAUUCUGAAACAAACAAAGUGAAGAGUUUCAGUAAAGCUGAAAAGUCCUCCUAACUCUACUUGUGAAUACUUUUAGGAUGGCUUUUCCCUCAAGGCAAAAGUAGCUAAUUUCAAUGAAACUAUUCACUUUUUAAUAAACUAGCUUAAAGAGGGGCAUAAUUAACAUAUUAGUGCUUAAUAAACUCGCAUAAAGAGGGGCAUCAUGAACAUAUUAGAGGUGAUGAGGUGUUCCUUUGGUAAAAUUCAAAUCCCUUUGGAUAAUUUUGAAAAUAAAAGCCGCCCUUUUAAUUUUUACCCUUAAUAACUACAGAUGCAAUGAUUGCCCCUUCAGCUAUUCAAUGAUUGUGGAUCAAUAGGCACAUCAAACUAUGAGCAAUGCCUAAGGCUUAUCAGUACUUGUAGGCAUGUAGGUGAGGAAAUCCUAUCAAAGGCAACUUGCUAAUUUAGCAACCUAGCUAGAAGGCCAGAGGGUAUUGAUCUGGAUUAAAUGACUGACUACUCUUCCAUUACACUAUUCCAUAACUUUUCUGAACAGAUUAGUAGUACAUGAACUCAAAUAUUUUGCACUUCCCUUUUCUCCUUUCUUUCUUUUCUUUUCCUGAUCAAGCGAGACUUCUGAAUGCUAAUGUCCAAUGCUUUCAUACAAGUUUUGUUUAAAAUUCACACUUGGACAUCAUGUUGCAUUCAUAUGCAUGUUUUUAACGUUCAUGUCACGAGCAUCUCACAAGGGAGGGGAAUCCAGCUCCUGUUGUGAAAAGAUGGAGCACCUUCAAGCACACAUCUUUCAUUGUUGCAGAUUACAAGACAUGGACAUCCUGACAAACUUGUGCAGUAUAUGUGUUCCAACAAGUACAACCAAAAUAAGCAUCGCACAAGAUGUGCCCCUACCCAUCACCUCCAUCUUUUCACCAAUAAUUGUCACGUCUAUCCUCUUCCUGUUUUUCUUUUUUCUUCUCCUCGACUACUUGCCUCCUCUAGCCUUUCACUCCUCUGGAGGAUCCAAUGCGUUGCAUUAAGAACAAUAUCUUCUCUUGUUUUUUAAUGGGAAAGAGCCAUGGGAGUGAUUGACAACUUCUUUAUAAUAUACAUAUGUCAAUCUAUGGGCCGGUAGUAAAUUAAUUCAACAUCAAAUCUUGCUCUUCUUUUUAGGUUAUUAAGUGGUGCAGCUAUUUUGCAGGAAGCAGAAGGGCAGAGGUAGUUAUAUAACUCCUUUAAUAUAUAAACUAACCUUACGUAGCACCUGUAAGCAUCAAUUGUUUUUAAUUUUUUUCUCCUUGAGUUAGAUUCGCAUGCACUGCCAAAUACUGAGGUGAUUGAAUGUUUGCAUGUAUCCAACUUUAGGAUUCGUAAAAGUAUCUCUACUAUCAAUGAUGCAUGGUUCUAGUGACAAGGCAAACGGACAGGUCUGUUGUCUUUUAUCUUCUCUGCAAAAGUUAUUAUUUUAGAGAAGUAAUCAAGAAAAUAAAUAUCUUGUUAUUCUCCUUAGUUUAUCGAGUGCUUAGGCAUCUUGUUACCAUGCUCUGCUUCCAUUUGGACACAGGGCUGCCUGAGCAUGGUAAGAUAUCUCUUCCAUGAAGGCAUAGAUGUAUCGACACAUUUUCAUCAACCUUUUAUCUCUUUGCAAGAAUAACCUCUCAAAGUUACUUGUACAUAUGGCUCCAGGUGUUGUUUGUUUGACCUUUCUCCUUUUGUAACUUCAUCUAGAGAUCUAUAACCAUGCAACCUUCGGCUUUCCAUGCUCAUAUGAUGUACAGAUUUGAAUCUUACAAUCUCAGUGUCUUGAUUUAAAUCCUUGUCUAUUCAAAGAAAUUGUCUUAUUGUUCAUCAUUUUGCAUGUUAAACUUGCAAAGCUGAAUCAAUUUACUUGUUUAUCUUGUGAUAUCUUUCUGAAUCCUAAAUCAAUUUGUUUGCAAUGAAAUGCUUCCAUUUUAUCCUCUAUUUGAAGCUCCUCUGCUCACUGAUUAGCCCUUUUCCUAUAUUUGCUUGCCUUGACUAUUCUUGUCUUUUUGUUGUGUGAUACGACUCAUUGCCCUUUCUUUCUUCUACUCUUCCAAAAAGAUCUGCGCAGCCAUUUUGUCCGAUUCGUUUCCACUUCAGAUGAGAAAAAAACUCCCCUCGUUGACCUUUAUAACCCCUGUUCUGCCUAUAUAAGCCGCCACUCUUAUCCUUUCUCACAUCCAUCUCUCUCUCUGCUGUCGCAACAAUUCUCUCUUUCUGUGAGUUGAUUGUGAAGAAAUUAACAAAGGAUCAAGAGGCAUGCUGUUGGGGUGGUGGUCAUGGUGGUACUGUUUGUCGCUGGUUCCAGUGGCUUGCAUGGCGGUGAAGAUGUUUGAGUUGUUGUGGUGGAGGCCGAAGAGGCUGGAGAAGCAAUUCGCGGAGCAAGGCAUAGGAGGCCCCCCGUACCGCUUCUUCCUCGGCUGCCUCAGGGAGAUGGUUUCCAUGACGCUGGAGGCCUCCUCUAAGCCGAUGAUGCCUCAGACCUCUCACAAUAUCCUCCCCCGAGUUCUCCCUUUCUAUCACCAUUGGAAGAACAUCUAUGGUUCCACGUUUCUGAUAUGGUUCGGCCCCACGGCGCGCCUCACCGUCGCCGACCCCGACCUCAUCAGGGAGAUAUUCCUCUCUCGGUCCGACGUCUUCGAGCGCUACGAGUCGCACCCGCUGGUUCGGCAGCUCGAGGGCGAGGGCCUGGUGAGCCUGCGCGGCGAGAAAUGGGCUCACCACCGGAAGAUCCUCACGCCGACCUUUCACUCUGAGAAUCUCAAACAACGCGUGGAUCAGCUGUUGAUACCUUUCAUCGGCCGGACUGUAAUGGAUAUGGCGGAGAAGCUGCCGGCGGUUCCCGGCGUGGAGGUGGAGAUUGACGUAUCCGAAUGGUUCCAGACCGUUACAGAGGACGCCAUCACGCGCACCGCGUUCGGAAGGAGCUACGACGACGGCAAGGCCAUCUUCCGGUUGCAGUCCCAGCAAAUGGAGUUCGCCGCCGAUGCCUUCCGCAAGGUCUUCAUCCCCGGCUACAGAUUUUUGCCGACGAAGAAGAACACAGACUCGUGGAAGCUAGAGAAGGAGAUCAAGAGAAGUCUGAUCCGGCUCAUCGGUCGGCGGAAGGAGCAGCCAUCCGGCGAAGCGAAGGAUUUGCUGGGCCUGAUGAUCAAUGCGGCCAGCGGACCAGGUGCUCGACUCCGCGCCCCGACGACGCCGUCAUCGGCGGUGACGUGCUCUGCAGCUGCGCCGAUUACGGUCCGGGACAUCGUGGAGGAGUGCAAGACGUUCUUUUUCGCCGGGAAGCAGACCACCUCUAGCCUUCUGACGUGGGCCACGGUGCUCCUAUCCAUGCACCAAGAGUGGCAGGAACGCGCGCGAGCAGAGGUUCUCUGCGUGUGCGGCCCACUGGACAUCCCCUCCCGCGAUCAGCUCGCCAAGCUUAAGACGCUGGGGAUGAUCCUGAACGAGACGCUGAGGCUGUACCCGCCGGCGGUGGCGACGAUACGGCGGGCGAAGGAGGAGGUGAAGCUGGGAGGGCGUCGGAUCCCGCGCGGCACGGAGCUGCUGAUCCCCAUCGUGGCGGUGCACCACGACGCGGCGCUGUGGGGGGAAGACGCGGCGGAAUUCAACCCGGCGCGGUUCGCGGACGGGGCGAGCCGGGCGGCGCGCCACCCCACGGCCUUCAUCCCCUUCGGCCUCGGCGCGCGGAUGUGCAUCGGCCAGAACCUGGCGCUGCUGGAGGCCAAGCUGACCCUGGCCAUCAUCCUCCGCCGCUUCGCCUUCCGCCUCGCGCCCUCCUACAUCCACGCGCCCACCGCGCUGGUGCUGCUUCACCCGCAGCACGGCGCGCCGGUCCUCUUCCGAUCCUUAGGAUCUCAUCUGUAAUCGAAGGAAGAUGUAGCAUGCAUGCAUGCAUUUCUCUGGGGACUCUGUUUUUUCUUUACCGCCGUAAUUUGCGUAAAUUACAGAGGGAAAAUUAACAAAAUUAAAA